AUGAGACCGAUUCUCCUCCGGCAGGUAGCGGUGGCAGCAGCGCUGCUAUCUGCCGUGCUCGCCGACCCGACAUGGCCGUCCCCGAUCGAUGACCUGGAAGAGAUCAUGUUCCAGCAAAAGAUAUUUAAGUCGAGGAACUUUGCAGACACCAUCUCACCAUGCUCCAAUGAAGCUUCCGGGCCUGGCAGACAAGUCGCGGCUGAGUGGCUCAGGGUCGCAUUUCAUGACAUGGCAACGGCAGACGUCAGGACGGGAAAGGGGGGCCUGGACGGUUCGCUUCAGUACCAGCUCGACGACGGGGAGAGCCAGGGACCGGGUUUCAACUCUACCUUCAAGUUCUUUUCGGACUACCUUUCGAAGAGGUCAAGCCUGGCGGAUCUGAUUGCCCUCGGGGUGUACGCUUCGGUUCGGUCGUGUGGCGGCCCGGUAGUGCCUGUCAGGGGUGGGAGGGUGGACGCACCUGGGCCUGGGGACAUGGGAGUGCCACAGCCGGAGCACUCGAUCGAACAGUUCCGCGAGCAGUUCUCCCGCAUGGGAUUCACAGACGAGGAGAUGAUCCAGGUCACGGCGUGCGGACACACGAUUGGGGGUGUCCACGAUACCGAGUUCCCUGAGCUGGUUGAGGAGGGCGAGGCACCGUCCGACUCGACUGUUGCCGUGUUCGAUGAAAAGGUCAUCACCGAGUACCUGGACGACAAUACGACAAACCCUCUGGUGUUUGGUCCGGCAGUUGGCGAGGGCAAGGACUCGGAUGCUCGAAUCUUUAGUUCGGACUCCAACGUUACCGUCAAGGCCAUGGCAGACCCGCAGACCUUCCAGGAUGUCUGCCGCAAAGUCCUUCAGAAGAUGAUCGAGGUUGUCCCCAAGGGAGUUAUGCUUUCUGAGCCCAUCGAACCCUACAUGAUCAAGCCGGUAGACUUGCGGCUUUCACUGGAACAGGCAGCGAGGCAUCUGCAACUCAGUGGCAACAUACGCGUGAGGACUUCCAACCUGCCGGUCAAAGAAAUUGCACAGAUGGAAAUCCUCUACAAGAAUCGACAUGGUGAACAUGACUGUGGCCCUAGGUCUUGCCUGAUAAGCGCUACCGCCCGUGGCAGUGGGUACGGGCUGGACGACAGCUUCGUUUUCUUCCCAAUCGACGCGACGAUCCCAGUCGACAAGGGCAUCUCGUCCUUCACCGUGACUCUGAUCCUAGCCAACGGCACAAGACUGCCCUUCGACAACAACGGCCAUGACUACCCCAUGCAGGAUGCCAUCAUUCUACUCAGACGACAGACCUGCCUCCUGCAAUACACGGGAAAGAUCAACGUCACAGCGGCCGUCCGCAACGACAGGAACACCCUCCCCACAUACCUCACAAUCUCCUAUAAGGUGCCACGGCCAGGUCUGCCCGUCGCCGGCCUCCACGAGACAAGCAUGGCCAUGACCAAAGGCGAAUGCGUCGGCCCGUAUACGCUGUACAACGCCAACUGGACCAUCCCGGGGGGUAUCAGCUACUCGUCCAGGACCGACGUCAGCAAUGGUGAAGGCGAGAGCCUGCUCGCGGAUGACUUCACCUACGGGGCCGAUCUGCAUGGCCAGUGUGAAGAUUAUACCGCUCCUCCAGCGUCUGUGUGUACGACCGUCAGCGUCACGACCACUCCGUCAACGCCCAUGGCAACUUCUACUCCCAUCACAAGCACUCUUUCAGGCACCUCGGCCGCACCACCGAGCGUCGUGCCGACUUCGACAGCCGACCCCGAUCCGGCGCCUGCAGCGGGCGGCCACGAGUUCAGCAAGUCCAUCUUCCGGCCUGUAUCUGGGAGCAUAUGGGAGAAAUUCAUGCAGUAUUCCAACAAUAUCUGGUAG